GAUCGCUUACUUGCUGGAGUCCAGAGUCUGCUGUGCUCGCCCGUAUCUCUGGGAAAAAGAGGAGCGUCCUGAGAUAGGGCAUGCGCAGUUCGGCGAGUUCCUUUCCCAGAUGCAAGGAAGGCUGACACAUGGAGCGGCGCACCAUAACCCAUAG